AUGCCAAAACUGGAACAAUUUGAGAUCAAGAAAUAUUGGCAAAUUUUCACAGGUUUAAAACCUGUUGAUAACAAGGUCGAUCAUGAUCAAGUGUUACCAAUGUUAUAUAAUUCUAAACUGGAUUCAUCGAUACUUAAUCAGAUUUGGUUUCUUGCCGAUAUCGAUGACGAUGACAAUUUAGAUUUCGAAGAGUUUGUUAUUUGUAUGAGAUUGAUCUUUGAUUUGGUCAAUAAAAACAUAUCUAGUGUACCUGAUGAAUUGCCGGAUUGGCUGGUGCCAGGAAGCAAGGCGAAAUUGGUUAAAGAGAGAAAGAAGCUGAAACAAGAGGAAAAUAUCGAAUUGCCAAAGGCUAAUGACCUGCCACAAAUUGAUUGGUACAUUUCUCCAGAGGAUAAAACAUUCUAUGACAAUUUAAUAUCAUCCAUUCAAAUGAACACAGAUGGUACCUAUACUUUACAAUCAAUAUCAGAUGCAUUGAAAAAUAAGUUCUUUAAUAUAGGUACAUCGGAUAUAAAUAAAGCAUGGACGUUGGUGAAUCCAUCGAGUUCCGCCUCUAUAAAUAAAGAUCCAGCAUUAUAUUUCAUCCACAUUUUAAGACAACGAAAUGAUGUUGGAGCUUUGAUUCCAAGUGAAUAUCCAACAAAUUUGGAAAGCGUAAUUAAUAAAAAGCAAAUUGACUACAAUAUUUCUUCAUCUCAAAAUGAUUUAACAAGAUCAAGUGCCAUUAAAACACCUGCUCGUGUCCAAACUUCGGCAUCUAGUAACAACACUACUUUGCAGAGGACAAAUGAUAUAACUAUAAACAACAAUCGGGAAGCUAUUACUUUGAAUGAGAUUCCAAGAGGUAAUCCAAAUGAUAUAAAUUCUCUGGAGAAAGAACUGCAAUUGUUAGAUAUAGAAUUAAUGAGAGUAAAAGAAGAAGUCUCUAAACAAACGAACACAACACAAAUAAAAGCACAAUUACAAGAAUUGUUAAAUUAUAAAGAAUUACAAUAUCAAAGGAAUUUAAAUAACAAAACUCCAAAAACUCCAACAAAUCUAAACAGUGUAAGAGAUGAUUUAUCUAAUUUAGAAAGUCAAGUUGAUAUUUUAGAAUCUUACUUAUCAGAUAAGAAAAGUGAAUUGGAUCAAUUGAAUCAGCAAAUCCAAUCUCAUAACCAAUAA